UUCGUUUUACGGUGCAAAGUAGUUUCUGGCUUCAAUAUAAAAAUGUCUAAUAAUUUUACAAUGGUUUCUUGAACAUGACAGUAAGUUCACCGCACUUUAAUGACCACCACAGUCACCAGAUCGCAAUCAAACGGGGUGUGAUAGAGCGCGAGAUUCGCGUCAUGGAUGUGCAGCCUAUACACAUCUGCAGCACCAUGUGAUGGAAGAUGUAAAUAUAUGACUUGAAUGAAAGGAAAUGUGGGAUAUAGCGCCUCUGUUGGUAAGUAAUGUGUACUUUUUUUUUUCAAACUGUGAAAAAACGUUGGGCUCUGACGCUUUCGCUGUCUCGAAAACUAAAUCUGAUCGGAGACCAGCUGACCGUCAUCUGCAUCCUGCCUACCGGCAACGUGGCAAGUUGCGCUUUUUUCUGCACAUGCAACCUACAGUCGAAGGCACGGUUUGUCAUGUUGUGCUGACGUAGACCAGAAGGUCAGUUUAGUUUUUAUUGUGAUUAUCCCGAGGAUGAGCGUGAUUUCCUCUUUUACAGCCCCCUGGAACAGCAGCUGUCAAACUCUUCAGGGCGUGCUCCACUGUUUACCUUCAGAUCACUGAGAUACACAAUGCAAACACAACGGCGAUCAAGGAAUGUGCGCUUAUGUGUGCUUUUUAAUCUGUUUAAUAUGUAACUAUACUAUGCUAAUAUAUAUAUAUAUAUAUAUUCCUCGCACUUGGAUUUACUCUGAUUUCACCUCCAGAGCACCGAGACGACAUUUUUUAUGGGUCACAGUAUUUUGUGAACUUUAUCCUCUUGUUAUCAUACCGAUUUGUUAUCACCUCAUGUUGUGAGUUUCCCAUGGAGUGAUGUGGCAUUUGUGGAUGUACUUUGACUGUGGCUGGGAUGUGUGAGCUGUAAGUAUAACAAACGUUUGCAACUUUCUUCCUGCGAAUUAAUGAUUGCAGACAUUUCCCAUUUUUUACCGCAGGUGUUAAAGGGUCAUCAUGGAUCACAGAGGUCACUACUGGCCGGACUCAGGCCGUCAUUCCCACAGAACAAAAGACAGAGAGGGAUACACCAGCCACUCUCAGCAGGAAAGGGACCAGCUCUAUCCACCUCCGGACCUCAGAGAGAGGGACAGGCACUGGGGCCAUCCUGAUGCCCGUUACAAUGUUCAUUUCCCUCUGCCUACACCUGACUUUUAUCCAUACAACAGUCAGCAGUAUCAGUAUGGGUAUGGACCUGAGCACCAAAGACCUCUGUCCAGGCAUGGUUAUGACUAUCCACCUUACAGCCACUGGGACUACAGAGACAGCUAUGGUUGUUAUGACUACAGAGGGCAGCAUGGACGACAAGAUGGUGGCCAGUGGGGUCCUCAAGAACCAUGGAGAGCAGAUCGGUACCAUGACAGGGCACACAACCAAGAACAACUAGGAAGCGUGAAUGCUCAGGAGUACAGGUACAACCAGGUGAGAGACAGCUCUCAGCAUUACCUCAAUGACUUUGAGGACAAUCCCUCCAGAGACAAUGAAGAGAUUUCCUCUUUUUACCUUGGGACAUUAGAAAGCUCCAAAAACUCAGGGUUAUCUUCCAGCAGCUAUGAGCUGAGUCAGUACAUGAAUGGAGCCGAACACAGUGAUGCUGCCCCUCAACCCUAUGGAGACCAAGCACAUGUGCAUCAGAUGUCAGCUCCUCUGAAGUACUCGAUCCCUCAUGCUGUUAUCAGUUUUGGGCCUGCGGGUCAACUGAUUCGGGUCACUACAGGCUUGUCAGCACAGGAGAAUGUCAGCCACCUGGAAAUCCACAGUCUGGAGGUUAUUCUAAGUGAGACACAGGAGCAGCAUGAAAUGAGAAGCUUCCCAGGGCCUUUAACCAGGGAGGAUUUGCACAAAGUGGAUGCUAUAGAGUUUGCCCACCAGAUGGCAGGCGCCUGCAUGAGGGACAACAAACUGCAAGAUAAAAGCUCUGCUGCCCUUUUGUGGAAUAUUCUGAUAUUGCUCUGCAGACAGAAUGGACAAAUAGUCGGGUCAGAUAUUGCAGAGUUGCUGAUGCAGGACUCACAUUCAGAUGGAAGCUGCCCAUCAGAUGCCCCCACGCUUAUUGACUUCAAUGAGGAUACAGCUGCUGAAGCACCACCUUGCAAAGGAGACGACCUGCUCACAGGAAACUGGAGCAGCUUUAGCUCAGAGAACUCUGAGAAGGGCCUGCAGACCUACACUCAACUACUGCUGGCUGGAAGAAAGAAGGAGGCCCUGGAGUCGGCUAUGACCAGCGGCCUGUGGGGACAUGCACUUUUUCUGGCCAGCAAAAUGGACAACAGGUCCUAUAUGACUGUACUGAACAGGUUCACAGGCCAGCUAACGCCCAGUGAUCCCCUCCAGACUCUUUUCCAGCUGCUGUCUGGGAGAAUUCCUGCUGCAGCCACGUGCUGUGGAAAUGAAAAAUGGGGAGACUGGAGACCCCAUCUGGCUGUUAUGCUCUCCAAUGAGACAGGAGAUCCAGCCAUCCAACAGAAGGCCAUCGUCACCAUGGGAGAUACACUCGCCUCCAGAGGCCUCAUACAUGCUGCCCAUGUGUGCUACUUGACAGCCAGUGUUCCCUUCGGGGUGUUUACACAGAAGGCUGAGAGACUGGCACUUCUAGGCAGCAGCCACAGGAAAUUGUUUGAGUGCUUUGCCACAAACACUGCCAUCCAGUGCACUGAACUAUAUGAGUAUUGCCAGACUCUUGGGAACAAAAGCUUUUCAAUACCCUCCUUUCAGGUGUAUAAGUUCCUGUAUGCCAAUCGUCUGUUGGACUGUGGGCUUUCAUCUCAGGCCUUUCAUUACUGUGAGGUGGUCGGACAGGCGAUCCUCAGGCAUCAGGAGCCUUUCUUUGUGCUGACUGGUGAGGUCGUCAAGCUGUCAGACAGACUGAGAUACUCAGAGGGUCAGUUCAGUGAAGCAGGGCUCCAUAGAGACGGGCAAGAACCGGAUUGGCUGAAGCACCUACGUGCUAGGCACCACAGUUUACAGACUGGAACUGUCGACUCUACUGAAGCAUACCAGCCAGCUCCUGGGAAUACUGUUAUGUCACAUGAAAUGCCCUCAGAAUCAGAUUUAGAUGAUUUGAGCCACGGCAUUCAGAGUCCUGAGCCUGAACUCCUUUAUUAUAGAGGACGUGAGGACCAAGAAAGCAUAUUGCAUGAAGAUGGAGGAGACACUGAGCAAAUGGCAGUGAGGUCAUGGGGCAUGGGAGCAGCUCAGGACUGGCCACAGGCCCACUGCCCGGCUACACCAGUAACAGUGGCCUAUACUCCCUCAGUGCCCACAGUGGCUCCAAGCCAGAACUUCAGUUAUCAUAACACAGAUAGUGGUGAAGUCAAAAGUGCCUCACAACAUUGUCCUCCAAAUAAUCUGCCAGCAAUAGCAGAGGGGGCCGGAGCAUCCUCUGGAGCAGGGAUGAUGCACAGUCAGAUGAUUGAGACGAACUUCGGUCAGCCGGGACAAGACGAGCAGAUUGUCCCUCAAGGAUUGAAAGCUUCUGAGGACACCAUUGAGCCUCCUAAACAGAACACAAAGAAAGGAUGGUUCAGUGGCUGGUUCAAGUCAAAACCUAAAGUGGUCCAAAAAGAGGCUUCAGAGCAGGGAGGCCCAGCUCACACAGACUUUUCGCCAUCUGCUGACUUCUGUCCUCCUCCACCGCCUGCCAGUGUCCCUCCUGGCACGUUUCCACCACAGUCUUCCACUGCUGGGAUUAAUCCAUUCUCACGGAAAGCAGGCCAGCAGCUGGGUUAGAAACCGUGAGACUCACCUCUGUCACAGGAUCAUGCGUCUUGCACCAAAAGUGAGGAUAUCACAAUGUCACACCACAUGUCGUGUACUGUAAGAUGCAUACCGCUCACUAGUUCUUUUUUAGUAAUGCCCUUUAAAAUCCUAGAGCUUGCAAACCAUGAUGUUCCUUGUUAGUUACAGGAAUACUCUGCAUCGACUUGGAUAUCAACUCAUAUUGCAGUGACAAAAACAGCUGAGGUGUGUUCUAAAAGCUGACUUAGGGGAAAUUACCAGCAGACGCAGUACAUAUCUUGGGAAAGGGAUAGCUUAACUCAGAGCAAUCACGCCAGCAACACUGGGGCUGAAGUUCUACUGUGGCAAAAAAUGUUGGUGUAACUGUGAUCACUAUGCCACGAUCAUCUGUGCUAUAUGCUGCAAUUAAAUAUCCAGCUAAAUAUAAGCGUGGAAAAU